AUGACUACGUCUUAUACUACACCUCCCGCUUCUUCGGAGAGGCGCGCCAGCAUCGGCGAGACCUCUAACCCAAUCGUUAUCUCGUCACCUAGCCCCCAGUUAAAGCCAUUCAAGCCGCACCAGAUGCUGAUGCAGACUCCCGUCGAGAUUGAGUGUGGUCCAGAUCUCUCUAUCAAGCUUACUAUUCAUGAAGAGCUCCUGUGUUGCCAUAGCAAACUUCUCGAGGAGCGCUUCACCAAGGCCAAGAAUCUUAGAAAGCAGUUUGAGCAGACCGAUCACCUUCGUGACCAGAUCGCAGCACAUGUCUUCCCAGAGGUCACUGCAGAGGAAUUUGCAGCUGACGAUCACGAAGAGAAGGCACUGCCUCUGAUUAUCCGCGCAUACGAGAGGUUCCCCAUGCCUGGCUAUGGAUCGGCUAUCAAGAGAAUGAUAGACGAUGCAACGAAAGCAGAGGUCCAGUCGAAGCGUAUCAAGGCACGCAUGCUACAAGACGCCAUUCGAGAAGUGAAUACAAAAGUACGUCUAACCUACAUCAAUGCCUUUGGUUUGCACACAAUCACGGAGAAAUUGUUCUCUGCAAUUCACCGGAUCAACAAGAAGGAGAUUGAUAUAGCCAAACAUGAUGUUAUGCGAGCUGCAGCUCAGAAAAGGAUUCUUAUACCAGACGCUGAGCCGGAUACUUUUCAGUUAGUAAUGGAUUGGAUCUAUCAAGGAAAACUGGACUGCGAAGAUCCACAGCAGCUCUACAACACGUUACAGCUCGCCACACGAUUGGGUGUUACGGCACUGAGUGAGUUUUGUCACUCCAAGCUGUACAACGCCGCCAACGACAGCAUCCAAGACGCUCUGGCCAACGGCACAUCGCUCAAAACCUUGCUGGGAUAUGGGCUCGGUCCAGGUGAUCGCGUCUUGGAAGUAGUAUUCAAGCAUGCAUUCAAGGAUCAUGACGCACCAAAGAGACUUCGAGAGAUGGCCGUCAACACUCUGGCCAGCAACCUCGAUGGAGAGCUAUGGGCUGAAAUCAAUGAUGUGGUAAGCCACAGUGUGGCUUUGCAGAUCAUCGCAGCAAUGGUGGAAUAUCACGAGCAAGUUGCGGAAGGGCUGCUGAACCAUGAUACCAUUAAGCAUGUGGACGACAGAGCUCGCACUGUUUCCCCGAUGGCUGCCCUUGAUAACUGA